AUGUGGUGGCCAUUAUCAUCGUCUGCCAGAGACGUGGCGCUAUCCAGCUCAACGUCCCGGUCGACCCCAGAUGGCUCACCAUCAUCAUCGCGUCCACCAUCUCCUGGGCUGUCAUUACUGAACGAGGCAUUGAGUGACAGCAUUCUUCCGACAGUGCCCCCACGCGCACGACUGCCUCCAUCCUUUUCGCCUGCUCGUCUGCUCAGUCGACCACCUCCAUUACUCAGUAAUCUGCUAUCAACUCUCCCGUCAGCAUCUGUGGCUCCCAUUCCUCCACAUAUUCAAAAUGGGCUCCCUUUAUCUUCUGCAGAUCCUGCAGCCCACAUUGAUGAGCCAUGUAUAUCGUUAAACCACUCCCUACCCACUCAUUCGUCCAUUGAUACACUGCGUUCGAUCCAUGCAUCUACCGCACCACAGAUUGCGCCUCCUCCUAUUCUGACCAAAUGGUGGUUCCAAAGUGAUUCAGACUCGGGGAUCAAGGACAACGUGGGCAAGCUCCUAAAUGAGGAGGAUCAGGCCUCGUCGUUGAAUACAAUACAUCAGAAGUAUCGUUCACCAAAAGCUCCCGUUGUGUUCUGCCAUGGGCUUCUUGGUUUUGACACCGUAACUGUUGGACCUUCACUUGCACCCUUACAGGUUGCACAUUGGCGUGGUAUCAAGGAAGCAUUGGAGGCAAAUGGGUGCGAAGUUCUUAUCACGCGAGUACCUGCAACUAGUUCUCCUGUAGAGCGCGCAAAAGUUCUCGAGAAAAAGAUUUCAGAAGUUUAUCCUGGCCGAGCUGUCCAUCUCAUAGGACACAGCAUGGGUGGCCUUGAUUGCCGUUACCUCGCAACGCAUCUCACCCAACGCAAAUUUUCCGUGAUAAGCAUCACUACAAUUGCCACUCCACAUCGUGGCUCCUCCUUCGCGGACCACUUCAUGUCACUCGCUUCGCAGCAUCUUCCAUCCGUCCUCGCCCUGCUUGAGCUCUUACCAAACGGUGGCGGCGAUGGAAAGGCAUUUGAAUGUCUUACUCUAGAGAGCAUGCGCCGGUUCAACGAGGAGACACCUGACGUCGAGGGCGUGCGCUAUUUUAGCUGGGGUGCAUGCUAUGAACCAGGUCUUAUUGAUACAUGGAAAUGGCCGCACAGUAUCAUCUUGGAGAAGGAGGGUCCGAACGACGGGCUGGUUAGCGUCGAGUCAGCCAAGUGGGGCACAUAUCUCGGUACUCUUUCUCCCGUGAACCACCUCGACCUUGUUGGAUGGACGAACGCUGCGCGAUAUACGUGGGCCUCGAUUUGGGGGAGAGAGAUUUUAUUCAAACCUGCUUCAUUCUACCUUGGUAUCGCAGACUUGCUGGCUGGAGUGGAGGAGGGCGAGGGCGACAAUUGUGAUACACUAGAGGAUGACAUGGUUGUUGAAAGUCACCGGGAGAAAAUUCAACAAAACCUCUUGAAUAGUAAUCCAUCUCCCAGGUCAACGCCAAGCCCGCUGCUGAGAAUGCACCCUGUACUUGGAGAGAUGAUAUCAAAAGCGCAAGAAGAAUCAAUGUCCCUACCUCAACGUACUUUCAAACCGGCAGAAGGAUCGAAAUCUCCGACAUCCCCAGAAGCACCCACAUCAACGAAGCAGAGAUCUCUGCCCCCUACGCCUCCUCAUGAGGAGACCCCUCCUACACCACCUACAAAAUCGCCAACACCGCCUGCACAUACGGGAGAACGAGACUAG